AUGCAGUUACAGACAUUAGCGUACGCCAUUUCCGGGGCGUUUACGCUUCUUUCGAUUAUUCUCUCGGGAUGGCUCAUUUGGACUCAUUUACUGUAUAAUCCAUCGGCUCGUAUACGUAAACAUGUGAUUCGUAUUCUUCUUAUGGUCCCCAUCUAUGCUCUAACGUCGUAUAUGGCAUUAGUAUUUAAUGACUCCAAGCUCUUGUUUGAAACCGUGCGUGAUUUAUACGAAGCUUUUGCUUUGUACUCCUUUCAUUGUUUCCUAGUGGAAUAUCUUGGUGGUCAGUCGGUUUUAGCCAGUACCAUGCGGUCAAAGCCCGAGAUGACGCAUGUUUUUCCCUUUUGUUGUGUCCGGUCGUGGUCCAUGGGUGGCAAGUUUUUACGUCAGACGACAAUUGGCAUCUUGCAAUAUAUUCCCAUUAAAUUAUUAAUGAGUAUUGUCAUGCUGAUUACAAGUGUUGCGGGGGUGUAUGGAGAAGGGGAAUUAUGGAAUCCACUUGUGAGUUACAGUUAUGUCUGUUUGAUUCUCAGUGUAUCGCAAACAUGGGCACUUUAUUGUCUUUUGAUUUUUUUUCAUGGAGCUCAUGAGGAAUUACAACCAAUGCGUCCAUGGCCGAAAUUUCUAGCAAUUAAAGCUAUUAUUUUCUUUACCUAUUGGCAAUCCGUGAUGAUUAGUGUAUUGGUGAGUCUUGGAGUGAUUUCGGAAAAAUGGCAUAUUGGAUGUCCAGAUUGCUGGAAUGCACAAAAAAUUGCUUCGGCAUUAAAUGAUUUUGUCAUUUGUGUUGAAAUGCUUGGGUUUGCCAUUGCACACCAUUAUGCAUUUGCUAUUGAAGACUUUUUAGCACCAGCAGGGACGUCAGGGAUUACUGUGCCAUUUUCAAACGUCAAAGCACCAUUGUUGGCUAAUUUUAUGGACGCAAUUAAUGUCACCGACGUCUCGACGGAUCUCAAGAAUUCGAGGAAUGAAAUUCUGACCAAGAAACAGGCAUUGGCUGCUAAAUUUGAUCGGUUCAACACUUUGUCACCUCGUGGUAGUAUGUUUUGA